AUGGGCCCCCAUGGACGGGAAAUUCGUGUCCACGACAGUCCCUGUUGUUUACAUCCAGGUGAAUGUAUACCAACUAAAAAAGGAGGAUACGUAAUAUGCUUUCCAGGUUCAGAUAAAGGGCCUUAUCCUCUAAGAACACAAGAGACGUACAAUGAGUCUAUGGGAAAAGUAUUAAGAGGUAUAACCGAUGAUACCCAGUGA